ACGUCAAGUGAAGUAAUGACAGCUACUAUUGUAAUGUGGAAUUUUAUGCACUUUUGCACAAUUUUUAGGCAUGAAAUAAUGGCAGAACCUUAACUGGGACUCGAACACUGGACCUCUAGAAUACACUUAAGUAUGCUUCCAGUUACACAACAAAGGCAUGCAGAAAGGAGGGAGAAACUAUGUUAUAAUAGUGAAUGGCAAGAUUCAUGCAGCCUUUUUUUCUGAUAGAUUUAAUCUUGUCAUGAAAGUAAGAAGAAGGACACGACAAAAGAAGAAUACAGAUUUUAAAACUUCAUCUAGAACACCUAAAAAUCCAGCUUUAAAAAUGGGACUCAGUGCGCAAGUUUCAAGUAGGCAUGUCGGUGCAAACAACGAGAGAAAAAGCUGUUGUGUUGAGCUCUUCUCAAUGAAGAAAAACAGAAUAACAAGGAGUUCAAAUAAAUUGAAUUCAAAAACUAUGAAAGUGAUAACUGAAAAAUCAAAAGCUGUAAAAAAUUGUAGAAAAAACUGUAAAACAACUAUUUACCAUAAGUACAAAGAAAAAAACAUUGAAACUCCUUUGAAAUCAGAUACAUCUGAUUGUGAAGUAGCAGAUCCUGAUGGAGUUUUAUUUUCACCAAUCUAUCGUUUAUUAGAAGAAGAAUCUGCAAAUGAUACUAAUGGUCAGUCUGGGUUAAAUGAGCAGCUGCUUUGCAACAAUAACUUGAAUUCAACAACUUUGCCAUAUGAUGCUGAAUACCCAUCUCCUGAAGAAGCUGAAGUUGCUGAAGACUGGGAAAACACAUUUGAUCCGUAUUUUUUCAUCAAACAUUUGCCAACUUUGACUCCUGAAAUGAGAGCCCGUGGACCAGCAUUACCACUAAAAACAAGAAGUAGUCCUGAAUUUACCUUAGUCCUCGAUUUAGAUGAAACUUUAGUUCAUUGCAGUUUAGAAGAAUUAGAUGAUGCCUCAUUUACAUUUCCUGUAGUCUUUCAAGAAAUUGAGUAUCAGGUUUAUGUCCGCACACGUCCCUUUAUUCUAGAAUUUUUGGAAAGAGUUUCCAAGUUGUUUGAAAUAAUAAUCUUCACUGCAUCAAAAAAGGUCUAUGCACAACAGCUACUUAACUUGUUAGAUCCUAAGAGAAAAAUGAUUAAGUAUCGCUUGUUUCGAGAGCAUUGUGUUUGUAUUGCUGGAAAUUACAUCAAAGAUCUCACUGUCUUAGGUAGAGAUCUUGCAAAGACUGUCAUCAUAGACAAUUCUCCUCAAGCAUUUGGAUAUCAAGUAAACUCGCUAAGUGUGCUAAAAGCUCUCAAAUCAUAUUCAAAUAAUAUAAAUCCAAUAAUUGUAGAAGUGCUGAAGCUCAAUAUUAGAUUCAAGGCCAAAUGUUUUCGGAUCCUUUAUUGCUGGGAACCAAGUCAUGUUGGUAUAAAAGGGAACGAACUGGCAGACAUUGCUGCAAAAUGUGCCUGUGGAACAUCCAGACAUAGAGGUGAAAGUGGAGACAAAAGUAUUGUGAGUGUAAUAGCUGGGACCUCAAUGGCUAAAAGCUGUGGAGUUGUAAUAGUAUAA